UACUAUGAAUUAUAAUUAAAAUUUAUUUGGUAAUGAAAAUUUCUAAUAGUUUAAUUAAAAUAGCGAAAAAUGUUUUUAUUAGGAGGUUUAACUAAUGAGAUUCAACCAUAGAUUCUUUAUAGAUUGAACUAAUAUAAACAUAGAGUUAAAAGCUAAUCAUCCUCCUCAUUCAAAUGAUACUCAUGAGAAUAUCUCAGAGAGAAUUAGUGGUGAUUUGACUGUAUGAAAUUGAAUGUAAAUCAAGUAAUGUCUUCAGUGAAUUUAUUGGCAUUCCAUUAAUAUCAAAAUUUUAGACAAUUGAUAUUAACUAUUUUAUGAGCGUUAUUUGGUAAUUCAAAUUCAUCUCUAAAAGAUAAUUCUAUCCAUUUCGGUGAGAACAAUGAUGAAUGCAUAGCUAAUGCUAAGAACAUGAAGUUACAACCUUUAAAUUUAAAAACAGCAUCAGGCAUAGAAGAGAAGAUUUGAUUUAACUAGAACUUAGGAGAAGGUUAAAAUUUGGCUUAAAAAUCAUAAAGAAUAAUAAAGAUGAUCGAAAACUAAUAAAUGAUAGAUUCUAUAGAAUCCAUCGGCAUCGAAUUCGUGUCCAGGGAUCUAAAUAACGAUGUUGAUACACCUAUUCCAAAUAUAUUAGAUUCUUCCAAAAUUGAAUCUACAGAUCAACCUUUUUCUAAUAUUAGCGAGGUAUCGUCACAUCGAAAUUCUGGAAAUAUUAAUAUCACGGUAGAAAACGUCAACCAUAAAUCAGAUAAACCAACUCCCCACGUUGAACCUCAAAUAAGACGCAAAAAUCUUAUGACAAAGAUUGAUAGUGAAUCUGACCAUUCGAAAUUACCCAUUAAAAACGUACGUAGAUCAUCGACUCUUCCAAAUCCUAAAAUGCAUAAGCAGAUCUCUUUUCACAAAGAUAAUAACAUAAAAGUGAUUGACUAUGAUAACAAGUCCCGCCACCACACUGUCCUACACAAGGUAUUCUUGAGUGUAUUGAGGACCGAGAAAAACAUAACAUGUUUUAGUAAAUUCGUGGCUUCCACUCUUUGCGUUGGUAUCUUGUUUGUCAUAACUUUAUCCUUCGUUCUUUACUUCCAUUUUGUGUGGAAUCCUAAUUCUAAAAACGUUAAUAUACUAUGGGGUUCCCCUUCUGAUUCUAAAAAUGAUAGUGGCGACUCCAAUACAACAAAUGUAUCAAAUGCCGAUUUUAAUCAGACCAAUUUUUCCUCCAUGGUUACCACAAUAUUGAUAACUAAAAAAACGUCGCGUUAUUUCGGCAAAAAAUUAAAAAUUAUAUGAGGGCAAUAAAUAAAAUGUUGAUAUUCUAAAGAUAUAUAAACGUUUUAUGAUGAAUUAUGUAUUAUAUAUAUCUUCACAGCUUAUUAUAAGUUUUUAAAAGGUUUUAUGUACAAAAUGCAACAUCUUAAUUCACACUAAAUAUAUCUAUAUAUAGGGUUGGCUAGGGUAUUAAAUUGACAUUUGUUGAAACUAUUCAAUGCCGAUUUUUUUUUCCUAACACAUUCGCAAUAUUUUUGAUUUUAUCACUAUAAAAAUAAAAUAAUGCAAAUAAAC